AUGGCUCUAAGCCACUACUACAACUUUCCAACACCCGAACUCGAACCCGUGCCCGAUUAUAACUUCGACCCGUUGCCCGAUUAUUUCUUCGACUUCAACGACCCGUUUUCCUUCGAUCCCAACUAUUUCGACUCUCUUUUCUCUCCCGACAACAACUUUAAUAGUACUGCAUUCGAAUCGAGUUACGACCCUCAAGAAACGCAUCAUCCGAAGCGCUACAAGCAAGUGUUAUUCGAACCCGAGCUAAACGGGCCCCACGGUUUCGCAAUUCAGGCUGCGAAUGAGGUUAUUGGGCCGCCGCCGUCGGCCCAAAGCGUCGUGGCCCGAGAAAGGCGGAGGAGAAUAAGCGAGAAAACGCGUGAACUCGGGAAUCUCGUCCCAGGGGCCCACCGGAUGAACACGGCCGAGAUGUUUCGGGCCGCGUAUAAGUACAUCGAGUUUUUGCGGGCCCAAGUCGGGGUUCUUGAAUUCAUGGGCUCAUAUGAGAAGAUGAAAAAAUAUAAAUAUGUGUAUGAGAGUGAUGAGGAGAUGAAUGGUCUAUUGGGGUCGUGUUUGGUUCAGGAGAAGUUGUACGGUGCGGGAAGGUGCAUGGUCCCGAGUGAAUUCGUGCGAGGAUUGGCCAAUGAGGAGAAGGGUUUUGAGGGGAGGGCUCAUGUUAUGGAGCAAGUCAAGAAAUUGAAAUUUUGA